AUACAUACGGUUGACAAACGCCAGGUGCUACAAAGUUGAAGAGAGACUCGCCAUUUGUGGGUCUCUAAAAUGUUGUCCACCAUCGCGGAGUAAGAGCUCUAGAUUUAUUUUCAACGAAAACGUGAAAAAUACUGACUAAAGGUCGAUACGAGAGGGAUUAUCGGCGUGUUGUCUUGCGUGGAGUACAGGUGAAAAGCAAGUAGUGACGCACAAACAAGCAAUACCUGGUUUUACCUGGAUUACCGAUGGGCUACACAGUUUAUACUCAAAAGACGGAGUGUCUCCGAGCUGUAUAAGAUUGACACAGCGUAACCAUGUCAGAAGCUAUCACCUGGUUGUUACACCUGGCUUGUAUCUACAUAGUUAUUAAUCAAGGAUACAGUCAACGUGAUGCAUGCUGCAUUCAAUGUAACAGCACCGAUACUAAGGUGUCUCGAAACAAGUGGACUGUCAUAUCUACCGAUAAAUCCCUCAACCCAUUCUCCUACCCUGCCAACACAACCUGUGAUUUCAGCUUGAGUCCUCAAUACCCACCUGACAUACUCCACAUCAAGACCUCGAGAUUCUACUUGGAGGAGAGCAUCGGCUGUCACGAAGAGUACAUCGAGAUAUUAACGGAAAACUACCCGCUUACGUCAGGCAACUGGAUCUCUCUUGGACGAUGGUGUGGACAGUCAUUUGCCAAGUCUCUAUACAUCAAAGGGCCCGUGAUGAUCCGAUACAAGGCUGGGAUUGAGACCUCGCUGGACUUCACGAUAGAAGUCACUGCACAUGAAGGGAGCUACUUUGGAAAGGAGCUGAGAGAGACUAUUUUAGUGGGACAAGCCCCAAUGUAUAUAUACUCUCUGGGGUACCCUUCAUCCUAUAUUAAUAACCUGAAGAUGUCGUGGACACUGCAGCCACAGGAUGUUCUUCAGCAGGUGAAUGUCGAGGCGGUGGAGUUCAGCCUGGAACCCACAGGGGACACCGGUAGAUGCCAGUUCGACAACCUCACCCUGAAGUCAGAGGCACAUGAGGCUGUCUGGUGCGGGUCUACCGGACAGAGGUUCUUCUCUGGCAAAAGCUAUGUUCUGGCUACACUGAGAACUGACCGCACUAAGGAUAAUACCGGUUUCCUUCUCCGCGUGUACAGUACAUAUAUCCAAAACACCCACUGUAACGGGAGCCGUAUCCGGUUGCUACCAGCUCACCACACCGCAGAACUGUUGUCUCUGACCGACGGUGAAAACAGAAUGAUGGAAUGUUCGUGGAUUAUACAAGCUCAGACCCAGGAUGAGGUGAUAGUGCUGGAGACUGUAUCCUGGGAUAGUGAUGUGCUGUCCUGUGAUGACACCCCUUUCAAGAUUUUUGAUGGAAGUGACGACAAGGGGAGCCCACUCGUGACAAGCUGCGGGGGUGUCCGGCCCUUUGGGUUUGUGCGCACCUCCGGAAACUCGGCGUACAUCAGCUCCCAGCUCAAGGUGUUGAGCCGCAAUAAAAUAAAGAAAGGAUUCAGGAUCAAAUAUUACUCCACACAUAAAUAUUUCUUUGAGGAAUAUCACAAGGAAGCUGUUACUGCUAGAUCGUUUGUCUGGGUUCCGUCUAUGGGUACUGAUGUUCAAAGACCGGUGAUCAACGUUAGAGCUGACGUCGCCGAGCGAUGCGUCAACGUCGAGGCUCAAGACAAAUGGCGGCACGAGAUCCAGAUGUCCUACACGGAACUCGUAGAUGUUUAUGACGGUACAAACGAAAGAGCCCGCCUCAUUGGCGUGUGUUCAAUACACGACUCCGCUGACAUUUCCGGGACUGGUUCCACGCUGAGAAUCAAAGUCAAGACACCAGUAGAAAACGGUGGCUUCUGGCUUGUCAUCGAUACCACACAAAACUGUAAUGGAGACACCGAGAUUCUCUUCGUGACAAACGCGGCACAGAGGCUCACGUUCCCAACAUCCCGGAUGAAGCUCAACAACAACUUCCCCAGCAACACUAACUGUAGAUGGGAGCUGCGGACAGAUGGCAGCAGAGGUCUCACGCACCUGGAAGUAUCUGGUGUGUUCCUGUCCCACUCUUCCACCUGUGCUAACAACUACUUAAUGGCUUCAAGUGACAACGAUCAAACACAAGAAGUCAUGACCUGGUGCAACAGUCGACAGGGGAACGUGACCUCCUUGGGUGGCUUCUUCCUCAUGGUGGUCAUCGACAACUUCCUGUCAGAACGAAGUUUCAACGCCAGAUUCUGGCGGGAGUCGGGCUUCAGCUGUGAGAGCAAGAGGCUGUACGCAUCCUCUGAGUGGAACUACCUCAGUUCACCGGGAUAUCCUGCCAAUUACCCAAACAACGCCAACUGCAGCUGGGUGAUCAGCAGUCGGCACUCCACAGAUAACGUAAAGUUGGAGAUCAUACACAUUGAUACACACAGCUGCGACCAUGACGUCAUCAACGUGUACGAGGGUACCACAACAAAUCACCUACGACGCGAGAUGUGUGGACCAGGGUAUUCGAUGUCUACACUUCAGUCCUUUGGUUCCAGUCUUUAUAUAACCUUCAAGGCGGACAGUACGAUAACCCACACAGGAUUUAAACUGGCAUAUUACAGCGUCCAUCCGUCAGGAGAUAAUUCCAGCGUCGUAGCGUACACGGCCACUCCGGACGUCUCCAGAUUCGACUCCCCUAACUACCCUUACUCGUACCAAAGGAACGUCAGGAGAUUCUGGGUCAUCGGAGGCGACAACAGCAACGACGUAGUUACGAUACAACGUGCCCCAACAUAUGGGUCCACCAAGAAACCGUGCCGAAACAGGCACGACACACUAGCAGUGUACGACGGUACAAGUGAAAGAGACGCUUUGCUAGGUUAUUUCUGUCGCGCUGACCUGCCUCUUGACGCGCCCCUGGUCUUCCAAAGCAGUGGACAGUUCGUGUAUUUGUCGCUCUUCUCAUCGGACAGCUUCGUGGAAUCUGGUUACUCUGGAACUUUCAGCAUCAUCUAUUCCAGUGGAUCGGCUCAGCGCGCCUGUCUCCCUGGGGGAAUUGAGUCAUUAGAAGCGAAGGAAUACUGGCAGUAUUUGAAGUAUCCAAUAAGGGGAGAGUAUCCAAAACAUGCGCACUGUGAGUGGCGACUAUGGACCGACAACUCCACCGUGGUGGUAGAAGUGACGUUGUCCAACCUGGAGGAGUCCUACAGCUGCAAAUACGACGCUGUGAGGGUUUAUGAUGGUUACAGCACCCUGAGUCCUGAGACGGGGGUAUUCUGUGGCAGGCAGACCCCUACAUUCCACAGUACUGGCCGCUAUCUGUUCCUCCUUUUUGUAAGCGAUGACAUGAACCAGGGGAACGGCUUCUCCCUCAGAUACAGAAUAAAACCGGACGAGGAGGAGCCACCGGUCGACCAGAAACCGAAUGGUCUCCUGAUAGGCGCGACCACAAGCGGAGUCUUCCUCCUCAUCGUUGCCGUCACUUGCUUCUUCUGCAUCCUGGGCAAAUACAGACGUAAGCCACCACAACCUGCACGCCGGGACCCCCCUCCGUACAGCCGUAGCAACAGCACCGUGUACGUUGUGUCGCCCAUAAUUGUGGGCGGUAGCACCGCCUCAGAUCCACCCCCUUACCCCGGAGUCACGAAUCCAGCAUACUCCAUGGAUGACCUCCCGCCAGCCUAUCCAGGUAUUGCGCAUGCUCAACCGAUAGGCCCGCCACCCAGAGCGCCACCUGGAGGAAAUGAACACACUUAUGACGAAGUCUUUUCGGACGUGGCGGGUAACCUCCCUCCCCCUCCUCCGUAUUCAGUUUUAGAUACAACGCAACAAGAAACUCCACCGGCGUACCAUACAGUCGUGUCGCAGGCAAACAAAUCGGAAACAAACAUUAGAAAUGAUCCGGGAGCGCAGAUGCACCAACACCCAAGGUCUAGGUCUGAUCAGGGUGAAAAUGGAAGAGGAAGCACUCCGUCUCCGCGUCCACAUGCACUUACGAUUGAGUUGCUGGGACCCGUUUAAGUCAAAAUGAAUAUUGUGUAACCAAAACGUGCUCAAUACCAAUUUCGUUAAGUCUUUCAUCUAUUAUGCUCCCUAAA